UGUAUGUAUUCAGAGAAAUAAUCUGUGGCAGAAACGGUCGGAGCACAAACAACAGACAAGUUGGUGACAAGUUUUCCAAGUGUCAACAUUGCUUUCAGAAUGUCUCGCCAUCUUGAGCACAAACUGUGAAGGGGAGUGCUCUUUGCAGAGUUAAAAUGUAUAAAGAACAGUCUUGAGUCUACCAUGGGAUGGAAAUGACUAUCUUCACUUGUACUACUUUCAAUUGAGGGAUGGCAUUGAGUGAUAAAGCUGAUCAACUGACAGAAGAGCAGAUUGCAGAGUUCAAAGAAGCCUUUUCAUUAUUUGACAAGGAUGGUGAUGGUACUAUAACAACAAAGGAAUUGGGAACCGUGAUGCGAUCACUUGGUCAAAACCCCACGGAAGCUGAGCUACAGGAUAUGAUCAAUGAAGUAGAUGCUGAUGGCAAUGGGACGAUUGAUUUUCCAGAAUUUCUGACAAUGAUGGCAAGAAAGAUGAAAGAUACAGACAGUGAAGAAGAAAUUAGAGAGGCAUUCCGUGUGUUCGAUAAGGAUGGAAAUGGUUAUAUUAGUGCUGCGGAACUUCGCCAUGUGAUGACAAAUCUUGGAGAGAAGCUAACAGAUGAAGAAGUUGAUGAAAUGAUUAGGGAAGCAGACAUUGAUGGUGAUGGUCAAGUAAACUAUGAAGAAUUUGUACAAAUGAUGACAGCAAAGUGAAGAGAUUGUACAGAACGUGUUAAAUUUCUUGUACAAAAUUGUUUUUGCCUUUUGUUUGUAACUUAUCUGUAAAGGGUUUUUUCCCUUACUGUCAAAAAUAUGCAUGUAUAGUAAUUAGAAUUCCAUUUUAUGUUUUUUCUCCCUCCAUUUUACUGUCAUUGUUCUGACAAGUUUUUGGGAAAAUUGAUCAGAAGUAACAAAUGUUGCAUGUGGCUUACUUUGGAUAUUUAAGCCCUUCUGCCUAUCUAAAGUCUGUAGGAAUUGAUCAAAUGGGGGAACAUCUGGGUUAUGCUUGUUAAAGUAGCUUUCUUCAGGAAACUUAGCAUGUUGUUAAAACGUGGAGCCUUAACUCUGCGUGGACUAUUGACAGUUAACAAUAUGAAACUUAAAAGUUGCACUAUUGCAAAACGGGUGUAUUAUCCAGGUACUAGUUCAUACAC